AUGCUGCUCAGUCUAGCUGCCAUGUUCAUGGCGGGCGCUGUCCCCACCACCAUUGCCGACAAGGCGCCUGCAUUCGAAGUCCCCACCUUCGACUACGCCACCCUCUCCACCGCCAACACGCCCAACGACGUCCUCGACGCGCUCAAGAAGGACGGCAUCAUCAGCUUCACCAACGUGCCUUCCUACGCACAGGUGCGCCGCGCGUACCUCGACUCGGCCGCCAACUGCGCCGUGUCCGCGCAGGAGGCCAACGCCGAGUUCCUGCUGCACAAGACGCUCUCCGACGGCACGAACCGCUACACGAUCAGCACGCCGUCGGGCCAGGAAGCCAACCCGAACGCCACCACCACGCACGCCGCGUGUCCGGGCUACUCGGCCGUCUACAACGAGUUCUCGUCGCUGCUGGAGCUGGUGGUGCUCAACGUGGCCACGACGCUCGACGCCACGAGCUUCACGACCAAGGACGGCUACGGCCAGGCCGUCUCGAGCCGCAAGCUCAUGACGGACGCCGUGCGCCUCGACCACUUCCACGCCUACGAGGCGCCUUCCGUCCACGAGCGCAGACUCGCCUCGGCCGCCAAUGCCACGACCAACAGCAGCAGCCAAGACGACCUGACCCUCGAGCUGCACGAGGACGACGGCAUGUUCAUCGUGUUCGCCACGCCCGCCUUCUACAAGGUCAGCAGCGACGGCUCCAAGAGCACGCUCGAGUCGGUGUCGGCCGGCGGCCAGGAUGACUCGGAGUCGGGUCUCAUCAUCCAGCGGCGCGACGGCCAGCGCGUGCGGCCCGUGCUCAAGCCCGACCAGGUGACACUCAUGGUGGGCACGGGCUACAACCGGUGGGUGGCCACGUCGGAGCAGCUCCCGGCCGUGAUGCACGGCGUGCGCAUGCCCGAGGUGGAGACGGCGGAGACGCAGCGCCUGCUGCGCGCGUGGUUCGGCAAGAUGACGCUGCUGCCGUCGUACCAGCGCAUGCUCAAGCAGAUGGACUUCGACGUGCACGCGAACACGACGGCGCAGUACGUGCAGCAAGGCUACCAGUCGGACCACCAGUUGCUGGGCUGCGCUCCGGGCCGUCACUUGCUGGCGUCUGCCGAUGCCGAAUGCAGCUUCAACUCGUGUACCGUCAAGUCCGGGGCGACGGCCCCCUCCGAUGGCUGCUCUGUUGUGUGCAACCGAAACCACGCGACUGACGCCGCGGACUGCGAGAAGAGCUGCGACUGCACUGUGAGCACGCACAGCGCGACCACGUGCUGGAUGCUGUGCGUGCUGGACCUGGACUCGUGCAGCCUCGACCAGCAGUCGUGCUCUGGCCAGGCGAAGGUGUGCGACUUGAACGCUGCACCGACAACGCCGGCACCUACGAGCGCUCCGGCCCCGACCAUGGCAGCCCCCACGACGCCGGCGCCCACGGCUGCUCCGGCCCCCGCUACAACGGCGCCGCCUUCUACGCCGUCCUCGCCCUCCACCCCUUCGACUCCGUCCUCGGACGCUUCGACCCCUACCACCGAUGCGCCGUCGACACCGUCCAGCCCGUCCUCGCCCGACACUCCCUCGGACACCCCCACUCCUCCGUCCGCGGCGAGCGAGGAGCGCGACGCGCCGCCCGCGUCCACGACGACCGCCCCCGCCACUUCUGCGACGCCCAGCCCGACGGGAUCCGCGUCGUCCAGCGCCACGCCUGCCCCCGCGAACAACCACGGCAUGUGCUAA